AUGUGGUACCUGCGCAAAGAAGAGCCUCGGGUCCCCGACCUAUCCGAAAGCUAUGGCGUCCUAACAAUUCUCCACUACGGAAAAUACCAGGAUGUGCAAUCAUGGGCCAAGGAAAAGGAACUAAUUCGAAUGCCAGGUCCGAGUGUUGCUGUUCUGGAAAGCUUUCGAAAAGGAUUUCCGGUUCCCUUUCGGUUGCUCGGGCGGCGAUCGCAGCGUCGCUAUGCAUCUACGUUGUAA